AUGUCGGCGUCAAAAUCACAAACAGACAUAAUUCUCAAUAAGGCCAACGUAGCGCUAGCCCGGAGCCAGCGUCUCGUUGCCUCAUGGCUACCUGCACCGACAGCAGACGAUCAAGCGAACAGCAAGAAAACCGAAGAGGAAUUACAGCGAGAAGAGGAUGAGAUUUUCACGGCGGUUCCGGAGACAUUAGGAGUCGGUGCACCGCUCCCUACUAAAGCUGCGGACGGGAGUUGGAAUCGAAGCGAAUUGGAUUCGAAUGACAAGUUACGAAAACAGCUCCUGGGGAGAAAUUAUCAGAAGGUUAUGGCUGCGAAGAAGGCCUCCACUGCGAAGGGAGGCGGUAGUGAUGCGGCUGCGUCAACAAAUCCCGCUAAGAAUGGGGUGGCGAAAGGAGAAGAGGAUGACGAGGACGAGGAAGAAGGACGGACGGCGCUGAUAGGGAGGAAGAAAGCUAUGCCUGCGAAAAAGCGCAAGGCGGCUGAACCGCAAGCCCAGUCGGAGUCUGAGACGAUUGGAGGCGAAUCUGGCGAGUCAAAGCAGACGAGUGAUGUCGGUGAUGGCAGUGAAGCCAAAGCCGAUCAGUCAGAUAAGCAACCGGGAGCUUCAUCACGGCCCGCUAGUCGGAGAAAGAAGGCGACGAGCUUCUUGGAUGAGAUCCUGGCCGAGCGAUCGAAGAAGAGAAAGAAGAGGUGA